AUGCCUCCUCAACCUCCUCCCUCAAACACCUCUGACAAUUCAGGUCGCAGACCUUCUGUCCCUCCGCCCGGCGGCACUGUCGGGCCCGAUAUUCCUCCCGACGAGGAACAACUGUGGACAGCUAGGGAGAUGAGAAUUCUGAGAGGCAACGUUCAAAACUACAAAGACGCACCGAGAUUAUCUAAAUCAGACUUUAUUCGGAAUACUAUUGUGCCGUUAAUCAAAGCCACAUGGGAUCACAAGUAUUCGGAGGUUGCGAUGAGAGCCGAUAAAGCCUUGUUCAAUGAAUGGAAAGCUAAGAAAGAUAGACUCUUUAAUUGGUUUGCAAACCAUGCCUCAACCCCUCGAAAUACCAAAUUGGAUGGUAUGCAUGGACGAGCAACCUUUCAAAGUGUUUUUCGGGAGAAAAAGGCAGCCGAAAUUGAAGAAGAAGUGCAGCUUUUAUCGGGAAAUGCAAGACGGGGUAGCCCGCAAUGGAUCAAGUUUUAUCAGCAGGCAAGAAAACGAGUUGAAUCUAGACUUACCAUUGCGGAGAGAGAGGAAUAUGCUCGAAUAUUAGAGGAGUGGAAAAAGAAGGGUUUCUCCAAGACUUUGAAAGCAAAGACUGCGAAACGACAAGGAAAGAAGAUUCUUCACCAAAUGGAUCGAAUCAAGUGGCUGAGGAUGGGAAUGAGAUCUAUUACAUUUGAAGGCCAUUACGAUCUUGAUGGAAAAAUUGAAUACUCAAUGACACAAACACACGAUCUAGGGUUGGAUGACCCUCGCAUUCCUUCAUUUGGACAACUAUUUCCAGAUGAAUUAAAGUCGUUCAGAAGGGCGUUUGUGAAAUAUCUUGUCAAGGUUUCAGAGAUUGAAAACGGAGUAUCAACUCCCGCCGUCCCUGCAGGCACUUUUCUUGAAAAGGAUUUGAAGUUCAAUAGCAAUGGAUUUCCAUUGGUUCCGUCACCUAUAUACAACUCAAAGGGGAGGGAGACUAAUGCAAUACAAAAAACAAUCAUUAGAAUCUAUAUGAACCGAGUGUAUGCCUUGGCAAAAGAUAGGAGUGGAUCUCGAAUCCCAUGGGACUCCGUGGAGAAACAUUUUGGAGAGAUGAUUGAUCCCGAAUAUUGGCCAAGUUCCAUUCCGUUCACGGAUCCGAGCAGACUCCGCGUUGAUGACACUGCUGCUCUUCUGAGACAUUGGAGACAGCGUCAGUCUCGUGGACUGAUUCCUUUCAAGUCUCCAAACAGUGCCUAUAACCCCAGCACCAAGGCGCUUGACUACCUCAAGGAGAGUUUGUAG